AUGUCCAUCUGCCCAGAGUCGACUAUUAUAUUCAUCUGCAAUAUGCAGAAUAAGUUUCUCAUAUCUACCAUCAACAAGAUGCUCAAGAUCAUAAAGAAUUCGGAAGACCAAGUCGAACCAGAGCCUGAAGCAGGACCAUCAUGGAUUGUCCCUGCCAUGAAUCAUGGGGAGCUCAGUUUGGGUGUGACCUCAUCUUAUGCACAUGUCCCUAGGGCAUUCCAAUAUGUGGAUAACAGCAGUUCAGGAUCUAAAUACAAAGCAGUCUUCACAAUGAGGGUAGUCCUGAGAAACCCACAGAAAGUGGUCUUUGACAAUUGGUAUAGGCUCCAGCCGGAUAAGGGAUAUGAUUCUGUGGAGGUGCAAUCCCUUGUUGGGCUGACUGAAGUUGUUGUAUUCCACCACAACAUAGCAUGUCCAGUGUACCUCAUCAUAGUGAAGUAAUGAAGACACCUAUAUUAUUUCAUUGUCAUACAUGUACAAUUCCAAUGUCAUGUUCUCACUGAUUAUCUGCUACAAACCUAUCUUAUGCCGAAGACGCUUUCUUAUCACCUGCUAGUAACGAGAGUCAAAGUUGGGCUUCUGAUUUUGUAUGUUAACACUGCUACAAGUCGAUAUUAUCCAUGAUGAUACUGGUAUGUAGUUUUUAUGCUUCAUCUA